CGUUUCCGAAGCCAUACAGAUUUGUGUGGUCUGCUCUUGCGUGCAUCACACAAGAUGCAGCCGUGGAGAUCAUUUACGAAAAGUAUCAACCGAAUUGCCAACAUUUCAUUGCGAAACAAGUCUACGGGAGGAAAUGUCAGCGAACGAUACAUUCCGCGAAGGGCUUUGCUUUAUGUACCUGGCAACGACGAAAGAAAGAUCGCAAAGGUUCAAAAGAUAGACGUCGACUGUGUUGUGUUGGACUGUGAGGACGGUGUAGCAAUCAAUCAAAAGGAUGCAGCCCGGGAGACAAUCCGCAAAGUCCUGGGAAACACAGAGUUUACCCGAAGGACAGACGUCGCUGUCAGGAUUAACUCCGUGGACAGCGGACUUGCCGAGGACGACCUCAAGUGCGUUCUGAGUGCUCAAAAGUUGCCUCAGACGUUACUGCUCCCUAAGGUCGAAGACAAAAACCAUGUCAGCUGGCUAGUGGAACGGUUAGGAGAUACAAAGUUUCAAAUUAUCCUGUAUGUUGAAAGUGCCCUGGGACUGGUAAACCUCCGUGAUAUCUUGGAGCACGGCACCAAGAUCUGUAGGCUUGCUGGACUGGUCUUCGGCUCGGACGACUUUACCGCCAGCAUAGGUGCUACGAGGACCAAAGACGCCAAGGAAGUGCUCAUGGCGCGCCAACAGGUGGUGCUCCUGGCAAAGGCUUACAAACUGCAAGCCAUUGACAUGGUUCACAUCAACUUCAAAGACGAAGAAGGGCUGAGGGUGCAGGCCCUCGAAGGGGCCCAAAUGGGUUUCACGGGAAAGCAGGUGAUCCAUCCUGCGCAAGUGCCCAUUGUACAGCAGGCCUUCACUCCCUCUGCAGAGCAACUGGACUGGGCGAGCAGGCUCCUGGCUCACUUUGACGUUCACCAGCGGGAAGGGAAGGGGGCAUUCACGUUUGAGGGUGCCAUGAUCGACAUGCCCACCGUGCUCCAGGCAAGGAACCUGGUGCAGGCGUACAGGGCUGUACAGGAGGAAUAAACUUUGUUUCGUUGUUUUCUCUCGGUAAA